UGUUUUUCGUUACGGUAUUGGGAGCGACAUUUUUCGCAGAUAAAGUGAAACCAUGGCACGAGACGAACUGCUGGAAAAAAGCGACAUGUUGGAAAAAAUAAAGAAUAUGAAGGUGAUCGAUUUAAAGAGGAUGUUAAAAGCGUGUUCCUUACCGACAAAUGGUAAUAAACCAGAUCUAGUUGAACGACUUACUGAGGCCUAUAUUUCAGGAAAAGGUAGUGAAAUAUUUGCUGCUGAAUUAGUGCCUGAACUUAAUAAAACUGAAUCAAAUUUACAUGCUGCAAAUGAAGCAGAUUUUGCUGCUGAAUUAGAAGGUAAAGUGCCUGAGCUUAAUGAAACUGAAUCAAAUGAAAAGUAUAAUAGUGAUCUGAUUUCAUCUUCCUCUUUUGAUCAUGAUUCUGAUAAAGUGUCAGGUAAUUCAGAAGAAGAUUUAAAUUUGAAUGCAGAUUCUGAAAUAACCGGACCUCUGAAAGAACAGGCCGUGACUAAUGAAAAUAAAGUUGUGAAGAAAAAAAUGCGCAUUAACAGGAAUACUACUAGUAUAAACUUUGACUUUUUUAAUCCUAACCCGGUAAACCCUAUUAAAAGUACUAAUUUAACUGUCAAAGCAGCUACUGGUAGUCUGCAAGCAACAACAAAAGAUAUGCCUAAUGCAGAGAAACAACUUGUUAAAGCUGAACGAUACAGCCCUAUUGUUUUUUCUGCGUCUGAAAAACCUGCCAUUCGAAGCGGUGUCGCCAAACUUCAUACUUCAGCUGCUAGUACAUCAUUGACUGAUUUGGAGCGGCUGAAAAGAAGAGCAGAGAGGUUUGGUGAAAGUGUUUCCUCUGUUUUAAGAGAAAUGGAAGAAAAAGAAAAACUAGAAAGAAGAAAGUUGAAGUUUGGAACUGGUGGGCCAUUUGCAGAAACCUCCAGAAUGAGUGAUGAAAUGGAAGAAAAAGAAAAACUAGAAAGAAGAAUGUUGAAGUUUGGAAUUGGUGGGCCAUUGGCAGAAUCUUCCAGAAUGAGUGAUGAAAUGGAAGAAAAAGAAAAACUAGAAAGAAGAAAGUUGAAGUUUGGAACUGGUGGGCCAUUUGCAGAAACCUCCAGAAUGAGUGAUGAAAUGGAAGAAAAAGAAAAACUAGAAAGAAGAAAGUUGAAGUUUGGAACUGGUGGGCCAUUUGGAGAAGCUUCCAGAAUGAAUGAUGAAAUGGAAGAAAAAGAAAAACUAGAAAGAAGAAUGUUGAAGUUUGGAACUGGUGGGCCAUUUGGAGAAACUUCCAGAAUGAGUGAUGAAAUGGAAGAAAAAAGAAGACUAGAAAGAAGAAGGUUAAUUAUUGGAAUUGGUGAGCCAUUGGCUGCAUUGUUGAGAAUGGGUGAUGAAGAAAAGAAGAAGAAAAGAGCUGAAAGAUUUGGGUUGUCAUGAAAAGCUUUCCCUCCGUCUUUUAUUUUCUACUAUAUAUGUAUAUAUUUUCUGAAAUAUACACCUGUUUAUGAUGUGUCAAAUUGCAUGUAAAAUUUGUGAGUUUUUAUAGCAAAUGCAGUAUUAAAGUUUUGCUCUAUACAAUUUUUUCACAAA